GGUGACUGUCGCAUCACAGCGAAGUCAGAAAACAUCACACAGUGGAGUGAGUUCGGCUGAAAUUACCGAGAAGUUGAUAACGGUGCUCUUUUGCAGUUUCGCUUCCAUACGAAUAGAGAGGGAACUGAUACCAGGUUGAGUUUAAGACUGCACAAUUAUCGCUCCUUUCCAAAAACUACGUCCCAACUUUGUACUUUCUGACCUUCAGCGGUUUUCCAGCCCACUCAUAGGCAGGCACCCAGUCAUGUAGAGAGCAGCGCGUGGAGGACAUCCAGAUCACUUUCAGCACUUUCUACACAAAGAGACACCCCACCACUCUUCGGGCUGGACUGCACAGUGACAGCAGCCCGCCCCCCGCGUCCCCCAGCCAUGGCGUCACGCAUCGGCCUGCGCCUGCAGCUCAUGCGGGACCAAAUGCAGCAGGAGGAGCAGCGGGAGCGGGAGCGGCAGCAACAGGCAGCGUCCAUGCAUUACAUGCAGCAAUGCAUGCCAGGCCCACCAGCGCCCUCGCCAGCCAUCAGUGCGCCAACACACUUCCAGGCACCCAUGCAGGUGCCCGUUGAAGUGUUAAAGGUGCAGACCCAUCUUGAGAACCCCACGGACUACCACAUUCGACAGUCUAUGCGGCAGCAAGUCAAGGAGUACCUGUCCACCACAUACGCCACCAAGCAGGCUGUACAUGCAGUCACAAGCUUGGUACAGCCCUCUCCACCCACCAUGCCCCAGGGUCAGACAGGAAGCGUCCCCUCGACCAUGCCCUCUCCAUGCAUGCGCACUGAGCAGCUCAUGAACUCUGCUGGGAACAGUGCACCCAACAGUCCCAUGGCCAUGCUCAACAUCGGCUCCAGCCACGAGAAUGAGAUGGAUGAGGUUAUUGAUGACAUCAUCAGCCUGCAGUCCAGUUAUGAUGACAUCCAGGCUUAUAUUGACCCUGUGGUCCAGAUGCCAAACACACUUCCACUGUCCAGCAGCCAUUUGGAUGUGUACACGGGGCCAGGUAUGUCCGGAUCAGCUAUCGCCAUGACCAGCAAUUCCUGCCCUGCCAACCUGGCCAUCAAGAGAGAGCUGUCAGAAGCUCGUGCAAUGGCUAAAGAGAGGCAGAAGAAAGACAACCACAACCUGAUUGAAAGGAGGAGAAGGUUUAACAUCAAUGAUCGAAUUAAGGAGCUGGGCACCAUGAUCCCCAAAACCAAUGAUCUGGAUGUACGCUGGAAUAAAGGCACUAUUCUGAGGGCCUCUGUGGAGUAUAUUAAACGCAUGCAGAAGGACAUCCAGAGAACCAGAGAGGUGGAGAACAACUUCAGGAGGAUGGAGAUGGCCAACAAACAGCUGUGGCUCCGCAUUCAGGAGCUUGAGAGACAGGCCCAGAUGCAUGGCCUCCCCAGCACCUCUCCAUCCGGUCUUAACCACACUGAAGCACUAAACCCCUUCGUCAAGCAGGAGAACAGUCCUGAGGAGAACCACCUCUCACAUCUGCCCCAUCUCCCUCCUCACUACCCCCAUCAUCAGCAGCACCAGGGUCAGCCGCAGCCCCAGCCCCACACUCAGCUCCACCAGCACCAGCACCUUCACUCCCAGCCCCCGCUGCAGUACCCGGCCGUGGGCAGCUCCCAGCACUUUGACUUUGCCCAGUCGCUGGACUUAUGCGACAGUGGCAUCCCAGGAUAUCAGGAUGGCUUGGGGGGCAUUGGGGAUCUCGGCUUGUUGGGCGGAAGUGUCGCGACAAUGGGAAAGAAGAGCGAGCUGGGCUUCUUGCUGAUGGAAGAGGCCCUGUCACCGUUAGCAGGAGACCCACUGCUGUCCACCAUGUCCCCCGAGGCUUCUGUGGACAGCAGCCGCCGUAGCAGCUUUAGCAUAGAGGACUCAGACAUACUGUGACCUGAACUAAGUAUUGCUGCACAUUGUGCAUAUGAUGUGACACACACACACACAGAUGCUUCAUUUAGUCUGACACACUGUUAACAGGGAAAGGUACAAUACUGAUGCACCCAGCCACCCUCGAAUGAAAGUUUAGCUACUUUUUUAUCUUUUAAGUCUGAAAUGCAAGAAACAAGAAACAUGGUUUUAGUGAAGUCGUGCAACAAUUUUUGUACCACAACUGUCACAGAAAUGAAAUUAGGCGUAUAUUUAUAAAUGCAAUAUAGACUAACUGAUCAAACAGCACUGAGAUGCUUGAAUUCUAUCACUGAGAACUGACCCUUAUUGAAUAUUCUGUACAACAAGAUCUCAUCAGAAACACAUAGGUUGCCAUAAAGGGAUAGCUCACCCAAGAAUGAAUAUCAAUUGUCACCCUCUACAUGAAUUUAUUGAACAAAAAAUAUAAUAUUUGGAAGAAUGUUGGUAACCAAAGGUAGCAAUUGACUUCCAUAGUAUGGAAAAAAUACUAUGGAAGUCGAUGGCUACCAGCAACUCCUUGGUUACCAACAUUCUUCUUUUGUUUAGAAUAACAUGUAAAUUAUGACAUUUUCAUUUUUGGCUGUGAAAAAGUGAACUUUUAUACUCCGAACCACUUUUACAGUCCAAACCACUCUCUCACAUUCUCUAUUUGUUGAAUUAUAUUUUUUCUACUUUAAAAUAUAUCAUCCAUUUCCCACAUGUGAGACUGUCACACACACUUAAUGUCUUCCAAAUCCAGACAAAAGUGAUUAUUUUCGUUCGUUUUUUUUUCUUCACUUGAAAUAUAACGCCACAUCUGAGCUUUUAAACUGUAUCAGAGCAAUAUGAAAAGGCAGCUUAUCUUUAAAAGUAGGAAUGAAAGGAUUCCCACAGCCAUGGAAAACCUGGAAAUAUCAAGAAAUUGUGUUUUCUUAAUUUAGAUUAAAACAUUUAUACAAUCUUAGAGAAAAGUAAUGUGACUUUUAGUCAGUUGUGAGUGAAUCAUUCCUUUGAUUCGGUUCUUUUAAAUGAAACUGAUUCACUAAACAGUCUGAAUGAUUAAUCAGUGAAUCUGUCUGAAUUUGACUGAUUUCUAAAAGUCUUUAUCCAUUAAUCACACUGAAAACGGUCAAAGAGUGUGGGAGUAUGUCUUUUCAUUGAUCAGUCCAGGUCUUUCUCACAGGUGUGACUCUCCUCCACCAUGAAGGAAGCUGCCAUAUCGCCUUUUAGCAUUAGUUUUACACAUGGUUUUUAUGUAGCUGCUGUUGUUGAAGAAUCGUUGAUGCCAGGAUUCUGUUCGGAUAACAGGCCAGAUCAGGUGCAAGUGUGACAGAAAGUACAUUUAGUGAAAGGUGCAGCAGACUGCACUAUAAAUUAACUUUGUUAGUGGCCACACACUCCAACUAAGGUGCCUUAAAGCCAAGGCCAGAUUCUUCAAGAAUCACAUGCUCAAACGCUCCUGUUGGCACUCCGUAAUAUCAAGCUGACAGCUGUGAACCCCGUUUGCCAAAGUGAAGUUCAUAUACAGCUCAAGGUGCCUUUCAGGAAUCCUGGAUCAACAAGAAAUGUGAUCCAGCUUUUGAGCUCUCCAUUGAAGGAGGUUGAAUUUGUAGAAAAGAUACAUGUAUUUUAUAGGUUUUUUAUUUGUUCUUCCCAGAGCACUGAAAAAAAAAAAUGUAAUUUUAUUGAUAUCAUAAAGAUUUUAUUGAUAGUUUAAUUUCAAAUGUUUUAUGCCACUUUUCUGUUUCAUUUUUAUUUUUUUUCCUAAAAACUAUUUUUUCUAUAUCACUGCCGAGCCACUGAAAUACAAACACACACACACACACACACACACACACACACACACACGCAUACAUAUAUUAUAUCUGCCAUUUUAUUAUACAAAUGGCAAGUGCAGAGCCAUAUUAUAUUUUUCUUAUGAAUUCUUUUUUUUUUUUUGUACAGAAUUGUUUAAACUCAUUAGGCUUUAUGAUAUUAAAAGACAUAUGUAAUAUUGUUUUUAUAUUGAUUUUAUUCCUUUUUUAAGAAAAAGACAUUUGAGGAAAAGUGCGACUGUCGAGUACUGAUUCAUUGUUAUCAUUCAGUUUUAAUUAAACGUUGAGAAUGUACAUUUUAUGUAUUGAACAGUUAAAUCAAGUUGGCUUGUAAACGGUGUUGAACAUGAGCUUUUAUAGAACCUAAGUGCUUUGUGAUGCACCUCCAGUAUUUCCUAACCAGCUCUCCCUGUUUUACUGCUUUGUUUUAAAGGUAUGGUUAAACCUCAUGAAUUAGUUUUUAAAAUACAGGAGAGGCACUACGGGUGUAUUUUAUGCAUUAUUGUUAUCGCAGGUGUAUGACUGACUGCCUGGAUGUUGCACAGAAUUCAGCCAAGUUAAAACCAUCCAUCAACUAUAGUGGAGUCUUGGUUACUCUAUGCAAAUCUUUGACUUGGUUAGCUAGAAUAAGCGCAGCGUAGCAAACUAAGCAAAGGCAUUUUAGAUUUAGCAUUAUGGGAAGGGGCUUCUAAUUUUGCUUGUGUGAAUUUUUUUGUUUUGUUGUCAGCCAUGCACCAGGAAUGAGAAGAUUUGACAUUUAAAAAUGAAGAUAAAUCACUCAAAGUAAAGAGUAUGCUUUGGUAAAAUAUCUUGAUAAAUUCAAAAGAAAAAAAACACUGGCAUUUCAUUUUACAGUGCGCUUAAAGACAAUACAAGAAAACCCUCUGAAGGCCUUGAGAAUGUUUCAGUACUGUGGAUGUGUCAUGUGUAUGGGAUUUGGUCUUUCAUAAGUCUGUGGAAGUAAAUGACACCUCACAUUAAAUUUAUUUAAGUGGA